AUGGUUCUAGAACUCCACCCAAUGGUCGAAACCGACUUCGACGACUUCGCACGGAUUUCCCGUAGCUCCUUUCAAGGCGGCAUCGCGGACCUCCUCACUCUUGGCGACUUGACGCCAGAGGUCCUGGCAAGCACGCGGGAUCGUCAUUUGGGUCAUUUCAGAGAUGAUCCGCAUAGUCGCUAUGUGAAAGUUGUCGACAGCGAUACGAAAGCCAUUGUUGCGGUAGCAUAUUGGGAAAUCCGCCAAGAAGAGCGGCCGAUGGAGCAAUUUCUGGAGGAUACGGGGCCUGUACCGAUACCUCCUACUGCCCAUCCAGAAGCUUGGGAAGAAUUCUUCGGCUACUUGACUCACGCGAGGCGGAAUGUCAUGGGUAAUGGUCCGAUCGCUUUCCUACAUCUCCUUACUACGCAUCCAGAUUAUCAGAGGCGGGGUGCAGGGGCCAUCAUUAUGAAAUGGGGUUGCGAGCAAGCCGAUAAAUACCGUGUUCGAGCCUUUCUAGAGGCCUCACAGAAGGGGAAAGGGUUGUAUGAAAAAUUUGGCUUCAAGGAAGUUGAGAGGAAAGUUUUUGAUCUAAGCAAAUGGGGUGGAGACUCUGUGGACAUCAUGACUUUAAUGUUCCGAGAUGCGGAGCCGGUGCCUUCGUAG